ACCACAACACAUGCUUGGUUUGGUCAACUGCUGAACACCAGCAUUCAUCUCUGGAAUACCGUCAGUCUGUGGAAAUGGGAUCUAACAAACUGCGAAUGUAGAACAUCUCCUCUAACCUCUUGGCACAUUUUUUCCUCCCAAAUGUCUUUUCUUUCAAGGGAGCAUUAAAUUGUUGAUCACCUUGGAGACAUAAAGUAUCCACAUGGACACCAUGCCGCUGAUGCCCUCAGUGCACUGGCUUCUGCUCCUCUGGGGGCUGCAGGGUGUUUGGGCACAGGACUACAGAAGAUAUGAAGGGGAGGAGACCACCAAGAGGAAAUCACGUCCGGAUGACGCCUGCAGUCUGGAAUUAGCCUUUUUGAUUGACAGCUCAGAGAGUGCCAAAGACAAUCAUGCCCAGGAGAAGCAAUUUGUAACAGAAGUGACGGAGCGACUGCAGGACCUCCGCAUGCAGAGCGGCCGCAGCCUCAUCACCCGCUCCGCCCUCUUGCAGUACAGUAGCCAUGUCAUCAUAGAGCAGACGUUUAACCAGUGGCAGGGUCCUGACAGUUUCAAGGCCCGCAUAGCUCCCAUGACGUACAUCGGCCAUGGCACCUACACCACCUACGCCAUCACAAACCUCACGCGCAUCUACCUGGAAGAAUCAGCUCCCGGCAGCAUCAAGGUGGCCAUUCUGCUCUUUGAUGGUAUCUCCCACCCGAGGAACCCAGACAUAUCGUCAGCCGUGGCUAAUGCCCAGAACCAAGGAGUUCGCUUCUUCACCAUCGGAAUUACGCCUGAAGCCAAGGAAUCUGCCAAUAUUGCCCAACUGAGGCUAAUUGCAAGCUCACCAGCCUCACGGUACCUUCAUAACCUGCAGGACAGGGGCAUUGUGGAAAAAGUUGUCAGAGAGAUUACAACACUGGCAGAGGAAGGGUGUCUUUUGGAGAGCCAGUGUCCAUGUGAGAAGGGCGAGCAGGGGUCCAGCGGACCCGCUGGCAAGAGAGGUCGUCCUGGAGAGGAUGGCAUCCCAGGACUAAAGGGUCACAAGGGAGACGGUGGGAUCGCCGGCUUGCCGGGUCGAGAUGGAACUGAAGGCAGACAAGGAUACAAAGGAGAGCAGGGAGAGAGAGGAGAAUGUGGUACUCCUGGAAUUAAGGGUGACAGGGGUCCUGAAGGGUCCAUUGGCCCAAGAGGAAAUCGUGGACUUCAGGGUUUGCCUGGUCCUCCUGGAGAUAUCGGACCUGAAGGUGUCACUGGUAAAAAAGGGGAGCGGGGACUUCCUGGUCCACCUGGAAUCCAAGGGGAAACAGGAAUCGGUCUCCCAGGACAAAAGGGUAAUGUUGGGCUCCAGGGGCAACCGGGACCAAUAGGUCCAGUAGGAAUCGGUGAACCUGGACCACCGGGGCCUCAAGGGCCACAGGGGACCCAAGGAGAAAGGGGACCUUUAGGAGAAGGUCUCCCUGGCCCAAAGGGAGAGCGAGGCUUGGAGGGGCCACGGGGGCCCAGAGGACUAUCGGGUGUUGGAUUUAAAGGAGACAAGGGGGAGUUUGGCCCUCCUGGUCCUGCAGGCCUCAUCGGUCUACCAGGUCAGGGUAUCCAGGGUGAAAAGGGAAUUGAAGGUCCGAGAGGGCCACCCGGGCUACGAGGUCCUCAGGGGGAAGGUCUACCGGGACCCAAGGGAGACCAGGGGUUGCCGGGUGAGGUUGGUGCCCCAGGAGAGAGAGGAAUUGGAGAACAUGGAGAUAAGGGUGAGCAAGGAUCACCAGGAACAUCUGGGUUUCCGGGUUUGCCAGGGGAGGACGGAGCUCCGGGGCAAAAGGGCGAGCCAGGAGCUUCAGGACUUAGGGGUGCAGAAGGGCCACCUGGGACUGGAACACAAGGUGAAAAGGGUGACCAAGGUCAAAGGGGAAUAAGAGGCUUGACCGGGCCACCCGGCAUUAGUGGUCCAAUAGGCCCCAAGGGUGAACCAGGGUCACAAGGCAGAUUGGGUUUACCCGGUCCACCAGGACGCUUUGUAACGGGACCCAAGGGUGAUGUUGGACCAAGCGGCCCUCCUGGUCUGAUUGGGGAGACCGGCUAUGGGCUUCCCGGUCCAAAGGGUGACCAUGGAGAUCCAGGCCCAGGAGGUCCAUUUGGCCCAAAAGGCGAAGGCUAUCCCGGUCCCAUGGGCCCCCCUGGUCUACCUGGGCUUCCAGGAGAAAUCGGACCUGACGGGAUAGGCUUUCCCGGUCCAAAGGGGGAUAUUGGUUUCCGAGGGCUACCUGGUUUACCGGGACCUCCAGGUGAAGGACUACCAGGACCUCAGGGUCAUCCUGGGCGAUCGGGGCCCCUGGGGCCAGCGGGACCACCAGGAAUAGGAGUCCAAGGACCAAAGGGUGAACAGGGGGUCCAGGGUGUGACAGGACCAAGGGGGCCCACUGGCGAAGGCUUUCCUGGGGCUAAGGGUGACCGUGGUUCUAUAGGGGAGAGGGGCCUGAAGGGCUUCAAAGGAGAUAUGGGUGACCCAGGGAACACGGGGCAACCUGGUCGGAAUGGUAUCAAAGGUGAAGCAGGACUCACAAGGGAGGACGUCAUUAGAUUGAUCAAAGAAAUUUGUGGAUGUGGAAUCAAGUGUAAAGAGAGGCCUAUGGAGUUGGUGUUUGUCAUCGACAGCUCAGAGAGUGUGGGGCCAGAGAACUUUGAGAUCAUUAAAGAUUUUGUCAACGCACUGGUUGACCGAGUUACGGUGGGCCGUAACUCCACCAGGAUCGGCCUAGUGCUCUACAGCCUUGAGGUCAAGCUGGUGUUCAACUUGGCCCGCUACGUAACCAAACAGGACAUCAAACAGGCCAUUAGGAACAUUCAAUACAUGGGAGAGGGCACUUACACUGGUACGGCCAUCCGCAAAGCCACCCAGGAAGCCUUCUUUAGUUCCCGACUGGGAGUCAGCAAAGUUGCCAUUGUUAUCACUGAUGGACAAGCAGACAAACGGGAGCCUGUGAAGCUCGAUAUUGCCGUACGGGAAGCUCACGCUACCAAUAUCGAAAUGUUUGCCCUCGGUAUUGUCAACACCUCGGACCCAACACAGGGGGAGUUUAUUCGGGAGCUCAAUUUGAUUGCAUCUGACCCUGACACUGAGCAUAUGUUCCUUAUUGAUGACUUCAACACCUUGCCAGCUCUGGAAUCCAAGUUGGUCAGCCAGUUCUGUGAGGACGAGAAUGGAGACCUGAUAUAUAACAAACUAACUAAUGGAAACAAUGGCCAUAGCAACAGCAGGAAUGGUAACAACGGCAAAAAUGCUAAAGACAUCAAUGGGUUGUACGACUGGGUGUACAACAACCGGUAUGGCCAUAAAGGAUCCAGCAAAGGACAACAAGUGCACGCAGAGACGACUGAGCGCGGGGACACGUUUAACCGUGGCAACACAGCAUUCCAACCUAUUCCUUCUCCCGGAAAAGACUCCUCUUCUGUGAAUGUAUCAUCAGGGGCAUCUGUGAAAUAUGUCCCUACACCAAGACCAGUUCUUCCCAAAGAGACUGCACCCUUAGACCCUCGCUGUGCCUUGGCCCUGGAUCCGGGCUCGUGCCGCGACUACAUCAUUCGCUGGUACUAUGACAAGCAGGCCAACGCAUGUGCUCAGUUUUGGUUCGGAGGCUGCAGCGGUAACAAGAACCGUUUUGACACAGAUGAGGAAUGCAAGAGGACUUGCGUGCUAACCACAUCUAUUGGAGGCUGAGGCACACUGGAUAAAUUUGGAUUUUUCUUCAGACUCUACCAUUCAUUGCUCAUACUCAGGAACAAGGGCCGUGUAUAUUUCUUCUCCCCAUGGGACCAGUUUUUUCAUACAGUCUUUGUGUGAAGCUGCAAACGACAGUAUUUGAUGAAAACUUGAGCAAGCAAUGCACUGUGGGGGAAAAAAACCUCAUCGCUGUAAUUUUAGCAAAAUAGAAAUUCAUCAUCUUGCUUAUUAACUAGUUUCUGCAUACAAAUGCCUUAAACGGGGUGACCGUUGACAUUGUCCACUAUCUUUGUAAAGGCAGGUUUUAUUUUCACAUCAUUACAAACACACGCACA